GGCCCGGCCUCCGCCAGGGUUUGAACUGGGGGCCCCGGUCUCGGGCCUACACCGGCUCCCGGGGCCGGGCCCUUUCCUCCGGGGUCCGCGCGGCCGGCGGAGGCUUUAGCGGGUGGGAACCGCCGGCGGGAGGAUGGAGCAAGAAGAGCUUGUGGACUAUUUCAAAACCCAAAUGAAAGAGAAUGAAGAUGUUGCUUCAGCUGUCGCAGCCAUUCGCACCUUGUUGGAGUUUUUGAAGAGAGACAAAGGUGAAACCAUUCAGGGUCUGAGAGAGAAUCUGAAGGCAGCCAUUAAAACCCUGACCAGUGUGGAUUCUUCAGUGGCAGUGUCUUCAGGUGGUGAACUUUUCCUCCGGUUUAUCAGUCUCACAUCCCUGGAACACCCGGAUUUUUCAAAAUGCAAAAAGACAAUGAUAGACAGAGGAGAGCUUUACUUGGAGAAAAUAUCUGUUUCAAGGAAUAAGAUUGCAAACCUGUGUCACGCAUUUAUAAAAGAUGGAGCUAAAAUUUUAACCCAUGCUUCUUCACGAGUUGUACUGCGAGUGUUGGAGAGAGCAGCUGAAGCCAAGAAACGCUUCAGUGUUUAUAUCACAGAAUCACAACCUGAUUCAUCAGGACUUAAAAGCGCAGAAUGUCUGCGAAAGCUGAACAUUCCUGUAACAGUGAUACUGGAUGCUUCAGUUGGGUACAUUAUGGAGAAAGUGGAUCUGCUGCUGGUUGGUGCUGAAGGGGUGGUGGAAAGUGGAGGAAUCAUUAACAAGAUCGGAACUUACCAAAUGGCUGUGUGCGCAAAAUCGCACAAUAAACCUUUCUACGUGGUGGCAGAGAGUUUCAAAUUUGUCCGGCUUUAUCCUCUCAAUCAGCAAGAUGUUCCAGAUCGAUUUAAGUACAAAGCAGACACAUUGAAAUCAGUGAAGAAUCUUGCAGACGAGCAUCCAACAGUGGACUAUACACCUCCGUCGUUCAUUACACUUCUGUUUACAGAUCUCGGGGUUCUCACUCCAUCUGCUGUUAGUGAUGAAUUAAUUAAAUUAUAUUUGUAAUAAUCAA